GAGGCUGUUGGUUAGUUUGUUUCUCUUGGUAUUGCCUUGUCUCACUGUGGACAUUUGUUACCGUGGCUGAUGCUAGUUAGCAAUUCUUUUGUGUUUUGGUUUAUUUUUUUAUUUUGAGGAAAACAGUGGUUGAAGACCAAGUUCAUCGGGCAUCGGAUCGCAAGGGAGAGCAGGAGACCAGGCUCUCCUCAAGACCACCAUGGAGGGUGAGGAAAUGGCCGCCCAGCUUAAAGCGCUGACUGAGUUGGUGCAGCAACUGCAGGCGGAUAAUAGGAAGCUUAGGGAAGAGGUCACACAGCGACAAGCCCCCCCAACUGACAGCGGUGCGUCAUCAGGUCAGUCCUCUAGCUCUAGUACUGUACAUAAUGAUGACCGUAGGCCAGGCCCACCUGUAUUAGAACGGUAUGUGUACAUCCCUCGUGAUCGUAAAUGCCCAAGGUUUUCAGGGAAGCUAUCCCAUGAUUCUUUGACUGUGGAGGAAUGGGUUGAGGAAGCCCGUCGCCAUUUGUCUCUACGUCCUAUGCCCCUUUCUGAACAGACCCUAAAUAUCUUUGACUUGCUUGAUGGCGAGGCCAAAGCAGAAGUUAAGUUCCGCCCUACCUCGGCUUGUGAUAGCCCAGAGAAAAUCUUCGAAAUACUUAAAAGUAUGUAUGGGUGCACUCAGUCUUAUAUUAGUCUUCAGAAAGCAUUCUUCCAGCGACGACAACUUGAGAGCGAGUCCUUAAGAGAAUAUUCUCAUGCGCUCAUGCACAUGCUAGAAGCCGUGAAUCUAAGAGAUCCUGCAUGUUUUGCUAAUCCGGACAUAGUAUUACGUGAUCAAUUCAUCGAGAAUGUGAGGGAUGUCAUGUUGAAGCGUGAGCUGCGACGUCAAGUCCGGUCUCAGCCCUCCAUUGUGUUCUAUGACAUUCGCAGCGAAGCUUUUCGCUGGGUACAGGAAGGCGAACACACUAGUCAAAGACCCCGUGCCCACUCUUUUAGCACACAUGCUGCUCCCGCGUAUGACGUUGAUUCUAAUGCUGUAUCUGCUAAGCCCACAAACGAGUUGACAGAGCUGAAAGAAUCCCUUCGUAAACAACAGGCUCAGCUAGACACAAUCUUGAAACGACUUGACUCUUCCCAGCUUGCCGCUCCCUCCAGCCUUGGGCCACAGUCACGUCCACGCUUGCGCUUCCAAGCCGAUGGCACACCCAUAUGCGCACACUGCAGCCAGCCCGGUCACAUAGCGCGAUUCUGUCGAUCUAGGUCUAGUACUGGUCCUAGAAUAGAGGUAGCAUCCCAUGCCCAAACUCAGCAGCAGGAAAACUAGCACCCCCUUACGUUAUGACCCAAACGUCGGGUGGGGAGCUUUCGGGUUGUUGUCCUGUGGAUACGUCACUGCUCAUUGGGAAAUGCCCUGUAAUAGAGGUCCAAAUUGGGGGUGUUGGUGUGGCCUGCUUACUGGAUACUGGGUCGAUGGUUACGACCAUUACUCAGAAGUUCUUUGAGCAGCGGUUACAGUCACGUCUCCAACUUCAGCUGCAGCCUUGCACUUGGCUUAAGCUUAAGGCAGCGAAUGGCCUAGAGAUACCCUACUUGGGGUACCUGGAAAUGGAUGUCCAUCUCUUCGGCCGAAUUUUUCCAAAGAUGGGUAUUCUCGUCGUUAAAACCCCAACUGACCCCAACGCCCAGCCUCAUAAGAAGUCGGUCCCUGGCCUUUUAGGAAUGAAUAUAAUCCGUCAUUGUUACCAAGAAUUAUUCACCGACCAUGGCAGUGCACUUUUCCGUUCACCUG